GUUCUGGACUAUUGAUGAGGCUAUUGACUGUUGCGACCGAUGCCCUGACAGCAGCAAUCUCCUGACUGCUCCGGACCUCUCCUCAGAUCUGACGGAGGUCAACGAUCCGGCCAUCCGGCCAUCCGGCACUGAAUCCCGCACUCAACCCCGCGUCCCGCCCAGGAGAAGGGUGUCGCUCUGGUGGGCCGUGACCUCAACUCCGUGGUGUCAAACCGCCCAUCCUCGAUUCCUUCCGACAUCCUCUCCUGCUCACUUAGUGCGGGAUAGAUGGAUACCUAGAUCGAUGAACAGAGCAGCUUUUCCCCAGCGUUCGAGUCUUUGGUCGGUCGCCUCCAGUUGCCUGCGGUAUUGGACCAUGCCCGCGGCCCGGCACUGAAUCGUCCCCGCCCCCAUGUCGGCCCGCCAGGCCCGCCAGGCCCGCCCUAGUGGGACUCGGUCGACGCCCCUGCCGGCUGCCCUGCCCCCUAGCAGUGGUGGUGGUGGUGGUGUGACCUUGCACAAAAUUCGAGUGACCGUGUUGUGCGCGUGUCACUUGGCCAAGCGGGAUUUGUUCCGCUUGCCCGACCCGUUCGUGCGGUUAAGCGUGGAUCCAGCCGGCACGCCCAAUCCCAAUCCGGUCAGCCCCUCCUUGGUGGGGCAGAUGCACUGCACCGAGACGGUCCGGGGCACCUUGGACCCCAAAUGGAACGCCCACUUUGACUUGCUGUUGCGACCCGCCGAUGCCAUCACGUUGUCCGUGUGGAACGAGAAGAAGGUCAAGAGUCAUCCGGCGGGUAGCGAGGCGGGCAAGAAGGGCGGCACCGUCACGGGUCUGCCGUUGGGUGUGGCCUCGGACGGUUUCUUGGGCUGCGUGCGUUUGUUGAGCAACGCCAUUGAGCGGCUCAAGGAUACGGGCUAUCAACGGCUAGAUCUGGUCACGGACCAACAUCACUCCUGGCCGGUCAAAGGUCAAGUGGUAAUCUCGUUGAUGUCGCGGGAAGGACACGGCACGGGAAGUCUCAAUGCCGUUGUGGAUAGCUUAGGGAACUUGCGGUGCUCUAACAACGACCUGCCCGAGGGUUGGGAAGAGCGUCGAACUACGUCCGGGCGGGUCUAUUAUGUCAAUCAUGUCACUCGCACCACUCAGUGGGAACGCCCCCUCCGGCCCGCCAACGCUUUGGCGCCCACCUCGACGACAUCGAACGAAUUGUUCAACGUCAGUCCAGCCACGUUUCAACACCAAUGGGCUGGAAUUGGUCCGCCCGCCGCCCCGCAUGAGCCCCCAGUCCGUCGAGGCACACCCCGGCGAAGCAAUGGCGCGCCUAAUUCCCAUACCCCGCCCUCUGGCAGCCACAGCCAGAGUCAAGGUCAAGGCCAGCCGCGUACUUCUGUGAUACUAGCGCCCGUGGACUUGCCUGAGGGUUUUGAGAUUCGACAUACUGACCAAGGACAAAUCUACUUCCUCAAUGUGCUCACAGGUGUAAGCACAUGGCAUGAUCCGAGAAUUCCCAAGGACUACAACCUCAGUCAGGUAUUAGGCACAGAAGAGCAACGGAGCAACGAUGACAUCCUCGGACCGCUUCCCACGGGCUGGGAGCGAAGAGAGACUUCUACGGGCCGGCCCUACUUCGUGGACCACCUCCAUCGAACCACGCAGUUCACGGACCCCCGACUCUCCGGGCCUAUCCUCCAAAAGAUACAACGACAUAAGACUCAAAACAAUCAAACCCAACCUGGCUCGCCCACCCACCGAGAAAGCAACGAGAGUUCAACCGCCACACCCACGACCACUGGAGCAGACGCCUCAACAGGCGACGAAGACGGGCCAUCAUCAACGGAUCCGCCCUCUCCUAAUCCAGACGGGGUGCCUUCCACGCCAAGCCGAGCGCUGCCAAUACCAAUGCCACACGGAGACGAUCCAGAAGUCACGCCCCCGAGUAGCAGUCAGGGUCCGUCUGGAACUGCUAGCACAAACACUAAUGGCCAUAUCUCGCCCACACCUCCACUCCCGCCACCGAACCCGCCUUCAUCUUCUUCAGCCACCAGUACCACGGUUAACGCUCCACCGACCACCACGGUCAGUGCUGCUCUAACAGAGGGCGUGGUGUCCUCCUCGCCUUCGACCCCCGUGGCAGCCACUACGCCUGUGGUGCCUACCACAGUGUCGUCAAGUACGACGGCUACACCCAAUUCUUCGUCAUCAUCAUUAUCGACGCCGACGCCGUCUUCCGUCAGAAACAUCCGAGCAACAAGUUACGGCCGCUCCAACUCCACGCCCACUGCCACGCCCGUGUCCACGAACAACAACAAUCUGGACAGCGAGGUCUUGCCCAAAUACAAGCGAGAUCUGGUGGCCAAGAUCAAGCUGCUCCGUCAAGAACUCACGUCACAACAACCUCAAUCCGGACAUUGUCGACUGGAGGUGAGUCGCCAAGAGGUCUUUGAGGAAAGCUACCGUCUCAUCGUCAAAAUGCGGCCCAAAGAUCUCAAGAAGCGCCUUAUGAUCAAGUUCCGGGGCGAGGAUGGUCUCGAUUACGGUGGGAUUGCCCGCGAAUGGCUUCACCUUCUCAGCCACGAAAUGUUGAACCCGUACUACGGACUCUUCCAGUAUUCCCGGGACGAUAUUUACACGCUUCAAAUCAACACGGACUCGAGCAUUAACCCGGAUCAUCUGAGCUACUUCCACUUUGUGGGUCGAAUCAUUGGCAUGGCCGUGUUUCACGGCCACCACAUUGACGGUGGAUUUACGAUGCCUUUCUACAAGAUGCUGCUGAACAAGUCGAUUACCCUGGACGACAUCGAAGAGGUGGAUCCGAGUUUGCAUUCCUCGUUGCGAUGGAUGUUGGUGAAUGAUAUCACCGGGGUCUUGGAUUCCACCUUCUCCGUGGAACACGAGGCAUACGGACUUCUUCAGACUCACGAGCUCAAAAAAGGAGGCAAGGAUAUCGAGGUGACCGAGAGUAACAAGAAAGAGUAUGUGAAGCUCUACGUCAAUUAUCGAUGGUGCCGCGGGAUCGAGCAGCAAUUUUUAGCCCUUCAAAAAGGCUUCAACGAACUCAUCCCCCAACAACUUCUAAAACCUUUCGACGAGAGAGAGCUCGAACUUGUCAUAGGUGGAAUCGGCAAGAUCGACAUCGAGGAUUGGAAGACCCACACCCGACUGAAGCACUGCAAUGCUGACACGCCCGUCGUUCAAUGGUUCUGGGAGAUCGUGGACGGCUACUCGGAAGAGAUGCGGGCCCGUCUCCUUCAAUUUGUGACUGGAAGCUCGCGUGUGCCGCUUCAAGGAUUCAAAGCCCUUCAAGGGUCCACGGGUGCGGCCGGACCUCGACUCUUCACCUUGCAUGUCAUCGAGGCGUCCACCGAAAACCUGCCCAAGGCGCACACUUGCUUCAAUCGUUUAGAUUUGCCUGCUUACGAAACCCUCGCCAAGAUGUGCGACAAGCUUACCCAAGCCGUGGAGGAAACUUGCGGUUUUGCCGUGGAAUGAGAGAAUCCUCCUCCAUCCGUGAACCCUGUUGUCCCAUUCCCCUAGGAAUCGUUCUUUCUUCCUUAUUCUCAAUAUUGCCUCGGGUCUUGUGCCCAAGUGAUUUGAAAGGCUUGCUUCCCUCCUUUGGCCAGAAUGUAGGCGCAAGUUUUAUAAAGUAGCUUUCGUAUCCCUCUCUCAACAACGAGCGAGCGAACCAAGGACAGGCGGAGAAUACUGACUAAUUGUCAAAGACUUCAUAUAUUUUUAAGUCUCGUGCCUUUUCGAGCUAUCGAAGGCCAGGCCUGCAAUCCAUAAGAAAUUCUUCUUGCCCUAACGAAAAUUAGAUCCAAUGUAAUUAGACCCCACUCCUUUCGUUCUCAAUGACGAACGAAAUCCGAAUCAUCAUCUUCAUUGAGUAACUUUUUAUUAUAUUGAAAACAUAGGUCUAACCAUGAAGAUCAGUUAUUUACAUUAUUACAUAAAUCUAACGACUUUGAUUACAAUUCAAGAUCUGCUACUGUUAGUAAUUUCCCCUGUCAUAAUUCAGACAAGACUUUCUCUCAAAUCUCCAUUUUCAUUACACACGUCAGAUAGCUAAUUGAAUUAUUGAAACCGAUUAUUCUUCAUCUGUCCGAUCUGAAUCUGCCCAAAUAUCCAUUGCUCAUACCAUAAGAAUGAAGAAUAAACGAAUCAGUUGCAACGAG